AUGCCUCAGCCGCCAAGAGUGUUAUCGGCGUUAGAUGUGGCCAGGAUACAGUUGUACCAUCUCAAGGCCAUAAUCAUCGCCGGAAUGAGUCUCUUCACCGACGCUUAUGAUCUCUUCUGUAUAGCUCCGGUCUUGAAAAUGCUCGGCGAAAUCUAUUACCACGAAGAUUCAAUCGGAACCCCUAUUCUCUCCAUUUUUUACGCCAUCGCUCUCCUCGGCGCCGCCUUAGGUCAGCUCAUCGUCGGCUAUUUAGGCGACCGACUCGGACGCCGACGUGUUUACGGUCUUUGUCUCAUGAUCAUGGUCAUAAGCUCCUUUGGCUGCGGCUUCUCCGUCUGCACGAGUCGUCGAUCUUGCGUCAUGGCGAGCCUUGGCUUCUUUAGGUUCGUACUCGGGCUAGGGAUCGGUGGAGAUUACCCUCUCUCCGCCACCAUCAUGUCGGAGUUCGCUAAUAAGAAAACGCGUGGGACUUUUAUCUCCGCCGUGUUCUUCAUGCAGGGAGUAGGAAUCUUGAUGAGCUCCACGGUUACGAUGGCUGUAUGCUCGGCGUUCAAGACCGCCGGAGAAGGGAGUCCGGAGAAAACGAGAGCAGCGGAAUCGGAUAUUGCGUGGAGGUUGAUUCUGAUGAUCGGUUCUAUUCCCGCCGCCUUAACGUUUUACUGGCGAAUGCGUAUGCCUGAAACCGCCAGAUAUACAGCAUUAGUUGAGAACGAUGCUAUCAAAGCAGAAAAAGACAUGCAAAAAGUCAUGUCCAUAUCCAAACCAUCUCAAUUAGAAGAAGAUUUACCACAUCCACCACCACCGCCUUCUUCUUCUUCCUCCUCCUCGUACAAACUCUUCUCUCGCCGUUUCUUCAGCCUGCACGGCCGUGACCUCUUCGCUGCCUCAGCCAACUGGUUCCUAGUGGACGUGGUCUUCUACACAAGCAACCUCCUCCUCUCCCAAGUCCUCAAUUUAUCCAACAAACCUACCAGUUCCACAAAUGUCUACGACACUGCCUUUGAAGUGGCUAAGGUCGCAGCCAUCGUCGCCGUGUGCUCCACCAUCCCUGGUUACUGGUUCACCGUUUAUUUCAUCGAUAAAGUCGGUCGUGUCAAGAUUCAGAUAAUGGGUUUUUUCUGUAUGGCCGUUGUUUACUUAGUCGCUGGCAUUCCGUACAGUUGGUAUCAGUCUGAUCGUAAUAAGCCUAGUAAUAAAGGCUUUGUUAUUAUGUACGGACUGAUAUUCUUCUUUAGCAACUUUGGUCCUAAUACGACAACGUUUAUAAUCCCAGCUGAGAUUUUCCCGGCGAGGUUUAGGUCAACGUCCCAUGGGAUUUCAGGAGCUGCCGGUAAGCUUGGAGCUAUUGUUGGUACUGUUGGUUUCUUGUGGGGCACGAAACGCGACGAAGAGCAGAAAGAUGCUUUCCCAGACGUGAGACGCGUGAGGGUCGCGUUUUUGAUACUUGGCGGCGUUUGUAUCGCUGGAGUGUUGGUGACGUACUUCUGCACGCGUGAAACUAUGGGAAGAUCGUUAGAAGAGAACGAAGAGGACGACGAUAUUUGUACCUCGUCAGCACCGGGAUCACCGUCUGCUAGUGAGUUGCCGAGAAUUACAACGCAAGCAAUCGACUUUUGA